GUUUACCAUCUCUCUUUUCGUGCGUCGCCCUCCGUCACCCUUGCAUACCUUCAAAUCAUCAAGAUGGUUUCUUUUCAAUGCGACGCCUGCUCCGACGUCGUCAAAAAGCCCAAACUCGACCAACACCACUCACGGUGCUUUUCUUCAUUUACCUGCAUUGACUGCAGCACGACCUUUGCCGGCCCGGCGCAAUAUAAAGGACAUACCACCUGCAUCAGCGAGGCGGAGAAAUACCAAAAAUCCUUGUACAAGGGGCCCAAAGCUCAAAACAAUACCGGCGGACGGAAUAAUCUCGCUAAUGGUAAUGGAAGGGGAACAAAUGGUCAAGCUGGUAAGUACCAGCAAGGCUAUCAACAACAAUGGACGCGCUCCUAUGCGACGGGCGCUAACGAGACGCCCAUGGGCACCCCUGCGCGGAUGUCAUCUGUCGAUCCAAUUCCAGUUC